AUGGCCCCGACAGAGCAAAUUAUCCUCCGCAACUACCUGCUCGUUCCAGCACAGCUCCCCGCCAUCAUCUCCUUGCAGGAAUUCGUUGCCUUAUUUCCGAGGCAGCUACAGUCAUCUCCCAGAAUUCGCACCCUCUAUCGCGACUUACAGAGCCAGAGAAAUGCAGUGGUGGAUGAUGUGGCCGGGCAGGUCGAGCAAGAGGCCAAGCAUGGCAAGGCCAUGCGGCGAGCGGUGAUCAGGUCAAAGAGGGAGGCAGAGGAGCAAGAGCAAGACGAGGAGGUGGAGAUUGAGAGGAUGCUGGGAAACUGGUCCGAGCCACGGCACGCAAAACACACGCUCGCCUCUAUCCUUCCUGACAUGGAGAGCGCCAUCAGUGGGAUCGAGGCCGAGCUGCAGCUCCUCGAAGAGGAAGAAGCCUCUCUCCUGACCUCUGUCCAGCAGACUCUCGGUGCCAUGAGCGACUUGCGUUACGGCCGCCUGGCUAACAGCCAGCUGCCGGAACAGGUGCUCGACGGUUUAGGUAAUCUGCAAGAAAUCUGUAGGACAAAGAAUUGA